AUGGCUUCGACUCCUGCAACUCAUACGCAACAACCCACUGGUAGGAGGUUGACUUUCGGCAAGAAUUAUGCUGUUCUCAACUUAGACCUUAUGUCAAUUCUAAUAGAUGCUAUUAAAGACAUGGCGGUGGGAAAAGCAUUUGUUUCCAAUUGCACGCGCUGGAACGAUGCGGUCCACCAGAAAGACCCCCGACCUCUCACUAUCUUCUCGAGCCUGUCAUUCACACCCGGCGAGAUGGGGCUAGGUAAAGAUGCCCCGUUCAGCAGGCUCGUCGAGGGAUUCGGCUCAUUUGCUACCGGGCCCUCUGGAACACAGAUAGCCCCGGAUUUCAAGGUCGACAGCCAAGAUAUCAUUUUGCAGAAGACGAGGUGGUACGCCGGCGCGGGGAAUAGCCUUAAACAAAUCUUGAGGACACAGAAUAUUGACACAGUUAUCGUGUCCGGGCUGAGCCUCUCCGGCGUGGUAAUGAGUACAGUGUAUCGAUUAUUCGACCUGGACUGCAAUAUCUAUGUCAUCAGGGACAACGUACUGGAACUGCCGCCAGACCAACAUGCACAGUACUCCCAAGUCUUACUUGACAGUCUUUUGCCAAAGAUGAACUUGAAAGUAAUAUCCCUCAAAGAAGCUUUGGACAUGCUAGCACUGGACUGA